CACCCGACGAAUUAUGAAUGCUUUAGUGGUGAAAGGAAUCGGGAACGAAAGAUCGACUGUGUUAAGUUAAAACAGUGGCCUCGAUGCGAUUAUAUAAAUUUAUAUUUACUAUACUAUAACUAUACUGAUAACAUUUUAUGUCUGCAGAGUCUAACAUUCUGCCAAUUAUUAAUUUUAUUUGGUCGUUCACGUCCUCCUAACAUUUUAUAAGACCUUUACCAUGGCUCACAGCCAGCACGAGCACCAUCACUCGGGUCAUGAGCACAUGGAACACCAUGACAUGAAUCAAGCAGAUUAUACAAUAAUGAAUGAAGGUAUAAAUUCAACCUUAAGACAAGGCAGCGGAGAUAAUAAAAGUCAUGAUCAUGCUUCCCAUGGCUCAAUGAUGGCUAUGACUUUCCAUGGCGGAUAUGUGGAGACAAUCCUCUUCUCUUGGUGGGACGUAAAAGAGGUCGGACCGUUCAUUGGCUCAUUCAUAGCAAUAUUUAUAAUGGCUUUGCUAUACGAAGGGCUUAAAUAUUACAGAAAACACCUGCUGUGGAAAACGUAUGCGGGUCUACAGUACUGCGCGGUGGCGCCACCUGACAAGGGUGUCCAAAACAUAUGCAGCCCUGAUGAUCCUCAAGUUAUACAGCCGGUGCCGCAUGCUCUGGAAAGGAAUGUACCGACGAUGCUAAGCGGCGCGCACGCCUACCAAACCGUGCUCCACGGUCUCCAGGUGUUCAUCAGCUACAUGCUCAUGCUCGUGUUCAUGACGUACAACACGUGGCUAUGCGUGGCCGUCGUGCUAGGCUCGGCCACGGGGUACUUCCUCUUCGGCUGGCGCGAGUCCGUCGUCGUAGACUUCACCGAACACUGUCACUGACACAAACUCAAAUAACGAGGUCGGGUGACGCAAAACACGUUAUACUGAAUGAGAUCCGGAUUGGCUAUGGACGAACAAUAUAAAGCAUUGUUUAUUUUUAAGCAUAAACGGCCGCUGUUUAGAUUAUACAUACCUAUUGUACCUAAAGUGUAAUUUAUAAGUUAAAAUUUAAUGUGUUAUUUUUUAAAGCGACUUGAAAAAUUUAGCUUGGCCUAAUUAUGUUGACACUCAAUACGUGUUUAGGGAUGAAUCAUUAUUUAAUGUCGUUGUUAUUACAGAAUAGAUAUGGCUAAGCUAUUCUGUAAAAUUAUUCCUUGAAUUACAUUCCUCUUAUUGUCAAAAUAAAUUCCUUAGCUAAGAGAAAAUACCAAGUUAAAUACCAAGGUAUUUAAAUUGGUGAUGGUGUGAUAUGUUAUAUGCACAAGAACACGUAGAGUAGAGAUACGUAAAAGUUAUUUAUUUGCUAGUUACUUAGUAUUUACACUAUGCAUUAAUUUAAGGUAUUUAUUUUGGCGGUAAGAAAACUGUAUUUAUGCGAUACAAUUUUAGUAAUUAUUAUAUUUACCAAAUAAAACACCUAGUGUAAAAAUCAUUUAUUUGCAACAUUUUUUUGCAUCUCGUACUCAAUGACGCGCCACCAAAAUUCCUUGCAAGUAUUUGUAAAUUACGUACUUUAGACGCCCGGGAUAAAGCAUUAUAUUGUUCGUCAUUAGCUGAAUUGGAGAUGAUCAUUUUGCAUACGUCUUUUGUGUCAUUCUGUGUAAUGACACCGGAGUAUAGAAAAGAAACAGAGAGAUAUUUUCCGUACUGUGAAAUACAUUACUUCAAACGCGCGGCUUACGCUUCUCUGGCUGCGCGUGCGGCAGUAGUGUUCACAGCAUGGUUUUAGAACGCGGUUUUUACUCCAGUGGUUAUGGUGAUUUAGCACCGGCAAGGAGACGCGAGGCACAGCGUUAAAUUUCAUGCUAAUGUAAUUUGUUUAUUGGAAAUUUGCCGCUGCGCCUUGACUUGUUCACCGGUAAAGCACCCCCAGGUACCUACAGCACAUCAAGCCUGUGACUACUACAAUACAAAAUAGUAUUAAAAUAUGUUAAAUAAUAUCCUCGCUUUUUUGUUGCGUAGUUCAAAUAAAUAUAUAAAUAUCGUGUGUAAAAUAAUUCACGUUUUAAGAGGACACAUGUUGUUUAAGUACUUUUUGGGCGACGAUUUUGAUGUUUAUUUUAGUACCAGUUAUACCUUUAUAGAAUAUUGUAUAUUUAGAAUAAUGAUAUCAAUAUAAAUGCUUUGAUCUGGAAAAA